CAUCCCCACCAAAGGCCCUUUAACCCCCACCACGAAGGGUAGGUCGUGUGUCGUGCUCGUCCUCCCGCACACGACAUACGUUGGCCGCCACGCGACCGGUGCACACGCAUCCUGCCUCGUCCAGACAUCGCCAACUGAUCUGGCAGCCGCGCGUACGCUCACCCGGGUUUACUUUAUUCGCUGAGAAAGGAAGAGGAAGUCUGUCGUCGCGUGUCUACUUGCGGAUAAUAACCAGACAAGUGUGUCAGACUUGUGCGCGGUCGGCGUUGCUCUUUUUCAAGUUCAUUACAUUCAAUUGUUACGACUGCUACUUAACCUCGAAACUACUUAAGACCGAAUAAAAGAUUUUCUUCGGUUUUUAAGAACAUCGUAUCAAUCUAUUCGACUCGUGGGAGGUUACGUGAAGACAGACUUGUGAACUAACCUGCUUGAGGACUCGCAUAUACCAAGUGUCGUAAAAUUUAAUACUUCAAAACGAAAUGACAGUUUUCUCAUUUUCCGUUACAAUGAAUUUCAAACUGUGUGGCAGAUAACGUUUUUCGAAUGAAGCGUCUUUAUCGAUAGUGCAAAUCACAUAUCAGUCACAUACUGAUUUCUUCGACUUGGUUAUAAUUAAUAAAAUCUUUAAUUAACAAUGUGGAGAGUAGUAGUAGCUCGCUCGGAUGAUAACAGUACUUUACUGUCGUCUGAAAUCACUAGUGGUUCGGUCGCUCAAGGACAUCUUCCAACGCUCUCUGGACCACCUGCACCUCAUCACUGGGGUUAUCCACCACCGCCGCAUCCGCCUUAUCAGCCGCAGCCUCAUCCUGACAUGCGUCAUCAUCACGAUAUGCGAGCAGAUCUAAGACUUUCGUCUUCCGGUGAAUUGAGACCUGAACUUAGGCACGACAUGCAACGACCUGAACUACGUCACGAGAUGCAGAGGCCAGAAGUCAGACAUGAAAUGCAUAGGCCGGAACUAAGACACGAUAUGCAUAGACCUGAACUUAGGCACGAGAUGCACCGACCUGAAGUACGUCACGAAAUGCAACGGACUGACAUCAGACACGAGAUGACUGGCAUGAGGACGGAUCUAACGGAAUUACGACCGAGUCAUGAAUUACCUGAACUCAAAAUAGAUGUCACGGAACUGAGAACGCAAGAGAGUCAGCAGCAGACACAACAACAGGUACAACAACAAGCACAGCAACAGCAGAAUCAGUCGCAGAAUCAGGCUAGUCAGCAAAGAAACAUGAAAAGGACUAUGAGCGAUUCUGAUUGUGAUGAUGUCUUCUCCGAAGAGAGUGGAAAGGAGCCGUGCAAUUCUCCAGGGGGUGAUUCCUGUCAACAUGCUUCCCGCAAACGACGAAGGGGGAUGAUCGAGAAGAAACGUCGCGACAGAAUAAACGCAUCCCUUGGCGAACUUCGUAGAUUGGUUCCAGCAGCGGCGAGGGAUCCUCAUAGCGGAAAAUUGGAAAAGGCGGAAAUCCUUCAGCUCACCGUCGAGCAUCUUCGAACCUUGAGGAAUAAGGGUCCUGAAGGAUAUGACAUCGACUACCGUGCCGUCGGUUGGGGCGAAUGCGCAGCCGAAGUGGGACGUUAUCUAGUGACAAUGGAAGGCUUGGAUGAAAGAGAUCCUUUGAGACUUCGUUUACUUUCCCACCUUCAAAGUUUCCAUAGAGAACAUCAACCUCCAGGGCCCGUUGUACCUACAGCGACGUCCUUGACCUCCACGUCAACAGCUACCAGCUAUGAUCCACCUAGUUCAGCUGCUACGGGGAUGCCAUCCGCUGCAGGAAGUAUGCCGCCACUUCUAGGUGGUGGUCCACUUGGCUGGGGACAGUAUCCUGGACAAUAUCCUCAGCAGCAACAUGGAAAGCCAUACAGACCCUGGGGUGCUGAACUAGCAUACUAGGUAUUAGAACAGAAGGCGCUGGACUAGGAGCGUAGCCAAAGAAAUAAUAAAAACCGACGUCAUCUCUCUACAUGGUAUGCUAGUACAGGAGCUGUCAAGUAAAUGUCCUGUGAACGUCUCGCCGGAAACGGAAGUCAUGACAAAAAAAGGUGCCGUAAUACGGACCGAACGAACUGACCGGGUACGAGUGGCUGGUACAAAAAAUAUUGGCCGAACACCUCCUGUGUCCCUGAUGUGGUUUCCUGGGAUUCCGUUUGUCAAGUGACCGUUAAACUGAAAAGCACAUGUGUAGAUUAAGAUCUUUUUAAUUUUUUUUUUAGUUAAUCGCGUAUUUAUUUUACCUGUAAAUAUAUUUAUACGACGCAUUGCGUACGACGCGAGAGUAAGUUUUUGCCAGAAGCGUUUUGCGUCGUUAACGUCUCAGGAAUCGAUAGACGACUUUUAAUCACUGAAGGAACUAGAUGAAAAUAUUAUAUGAGUGAUAAUACGAUAGUCAUACCAGUACCUUAUGGAAAAUAAAAAAAAAUAUUUAUUUAAGCUUCACUAAUUUUAAGAUGGAUCAUGGUGCUCUUGGUAGCAUCUUCAGAUACUGUACAGUGUAUAAUUGUAUAUAGCCAUAUUUAGUGCUCAAAAACGUUCGAAUUCUCUGGGAGGAGUUUAUCACGAAUUUUUCGAGACUGAAAUAAAUGAUAAUGUAAAAUUGAGGAUCGCUAUAUAACUCCAGGAUAUGCCAUUACAUAUCGACGUAUACGUGUGAGAAAGCGCUUUAAUAUUUUUGCAAUACGAACUUUGUAAUAAACCAACAUGGGGUUUAAAGUA